AUGGCCAAGAAAAUCAUGGAAUCUUCGCUCGCCCCUUGGCAGCGGAUAGAUGCCCUCAAGACAUUCUUCUUCCCCUGCCUUCUCUUCUCCAUGCAUACUGCACAACUCUCUAAGGGAGACUGGAGAAAAGUUGAUGAUUUGCUGAGGCCCGCCGUGAAGCGCACUCUCAACAUCCCGAAAGAAGCAUCUAACAACUACCUCUACGGGCUGUCCGGAAAAGGCGCGCUUGGCCUCCCCCUUGCGUCAGAGGACUCUGAUAUCGCAGCUAUUGACGGGGCUUUCAAGUUGCUCACCUUUAGGGAUCUCGCCGUACGACUGCUUGCGUGGGAAGACUUGACCUCUUUUGUUCAAGCUCGGCUCCAAUGCCCUACUUCUCCAGAGCUCAUCGCCCAAUUUCUAUCUGCUGCCGAUGACGGUCCCUUCGCUGGAACCACCAACCGCAUUUCAUCCAUGUGGUCUGCUGCAAGGGCCGCCUCUCGCCGAUUGAAUAUUACCUGGAGUAUCGAUAAUGAACACCUGCCCUCCAUCUCCUAUGGCGGUUUUACCAUCUACGCCAGCAAGAGGAAUUCCAUCUUCAAGUCUAUCCGCCACCACAUGCGCUCUGUCCGUUUACAAGACCUUGUCAGUCUCCCUAAUCAGGGCAAAGCUAUGGAGUGUGUUGCAGAUUCGAAAUGCAGUUCCCACUUUUUCCGCGAUGGUGCCUUCACCCGAUUCGCUGAAUGGAGAUUCAUUCACCGGGCAAGGUUGAAUUUGGUGCCCCUGAAUGCCGCUAAACCAUGUUACCAGUCGAACCGUCAAUGCCGUCGAUGCCCUUUUCCCAACGAAACCCUACCUCACGUUCUCAAUAACUAUAUGCGCAACUCUCGUCUAUACCAGCAACGACAUAAUGCAGUGGUUGAACGCAUCAAAAAGGCCGCCAAUGGCAGAUGGAGUAUCCUGUAUGAAAACCAAGUAUUCCCCGGCACCAACCUUCGCCCUGAUCUGGUGCUCUGCAAGGGCAGCUCCGCUCUCGUGCUGGACAUCACUGUGCCAUUUGAAAACAGGUUAGCUGCUUUUUCCGCCGCUAGACAAGAUAAGGUCUCUAAAUACCGCCCGGUAGUUGAGGUUUGCUUUAUUUUUUCUCUUAUUUCUCCUAUUGAUGCUUGA